GACAUAUUUUAUAGACAGCAUAGCCUAGUAUAAUGCUUGGAAUUUUUACUUCCCUACCUUCAUCUGCGCUUCCUUGUGGUUGCUACAUCGGGCCACCCAGCAAAGCAGCUGAGCAACAACUUUCGCAGAGUAAUUGAAACCAGUUUCCAAAGACCCGUUUUACCGCCAAAGUCCCGUUUAGCGCCAGAAGCAAGCCCGUAAUGUCAUGGCCGCGAUAACUUGUAGCGAUGAGCGAAAAUGAAGACCAACUUCGCUUCUCUUUUUUUUUUUUUUAUCUUCGCAAAGGAAGAGCAUGACAGCGCCGAGGGUUAUAUUGAAAGGUCCGAGCCGUGAAACGCGAUCUUGCUGUGAAAUGGAGCCAUUGCAAAGCUGUGGUGAAUGCGAACUGUUCUUUUUUUGUUUUGCUUUUUGCUGGAAGAAAAAAAAUAUUCAACAGAAAUCACUGAUACGAUCGCCACAGGCAGCCUUUAGCUUCUUUAAAGCACGCUGGAGUUACGUUGAGUCACAGCUUCGCUAAGAAACCAAAGCUACAAAAUCCUCGUCCCUGUAAACCUACUGGACGAAGGUUGGCAGUGAAGGCCAGGCCUAAGUGGCAAAGCCUCGGAGUAGCCUUCUUUGCUCAGUUGCCCUAUUCUCACUGUGCGUGUUUGUGCACGCAGGUACGCGACUUCGAACACGAUGGCGAUCAUGAUCAUCUCGAUCAUCAUACUCUUCGGAAUUACUGCAGUAGUCACCUUCCUUCUCCUCGUUGGGGACGUGUCGGAUGCCGGUCAAGACACAGAGGCCGAUUUCGGAGGUGAAGGAGGCGGCAGAACAAGCGGAAGUGGACCAAGCGUAGAAGUAGGCGGAACCGGUGGGUCCAGAAGCUCUGUACCCAACCGCAAGCCUGGUGACGUUCUGGUUCCUCCUCCAGUCUCCAUCGUGCUGGUGACGCCGAGACCAAAGCCAUCACCCGCCGAGUUGAUCUGCACGGUGGGCAGCUUCGCGAUCUUCCCCUACAUGUUCCCGCCGGACGACCUCUGCAACUACGUGUUCUACACCAACGUCGUCGUGGUCAAGAACUCGCUGCACGGCGUCGAGACGGACGCCAGCUGGAACCAGUUCAAGACGUACAUGAAGACCUACACCAUGACGCAAGCCGGGAUCAGCUUCGAAACCCGCUACUUGGACCCGAACACGCUGAACGACCACAAUGUGCAACAGGAACUCACCAAUCUCGCAGCGGACAACAUCAAACACUACGGUUUCCUCAAAGUGUUAGCACGACUUAACAAGCUCGAUGGGUACAUGAGUAUCGUCGUACGUGCGCUUGAAAAAUUAAAAAUGACUCAAGGCGCCGACACCAGCAGAAGGCUCGUACUGGCAAUCGGCUUCUACGAUUACGCCGAGCCGAACGCCUGGGAGCGCUACCGCUCCGUGAUCCAAGAAGCCGUCGAACAAACGGCGGCUGACACGGUCAUCGCGAUCAGUUCCACCGGCUGGAUAGAGAACCAGCAGAAGUGCUUCUCCGCUCCGACCUCGGUGUUCGACAACAAGAGACUCACCGAUCCCCAGAGAACAGCUGCAAAGUCCUACCCCGAUAUCAACACCCACGCAGACCUGGUCAACUUCAUGUACACCAAGAAAAAAACUAGGCUGGGUCUCUCUCUGGAGAUGGGCACGCUGGUGUACGUGCUGAGUGGAAACGUGACAGAUAUCGACAAAAGGGUGUACCAACCGUGCAAAAACUUCUACCUCGCACAAUCAGACGCAGUGGACUGUCAAGGUCCGACAACCAGCAUGUUGCUGCCAGGUGGCAUGAGAAUAGGCUCCUUGAAUACUGACGACAGCAUACUGUUUAGCUGGGAGGACGAUGAGUCUUUCAAAGAUAAGCUGGAAGCCCUCAAGACGUCCGGCAAAUUUCGAGAAGGCUGGUCGUGGCUUCUUUACAACGUUCACCUCGUCGACUUCACCGGGAAAUGCUCGGUGGACCCUUUCGUGCGGGUCCAGUUCUUCAAGCAACGUCUGGCGUAGUCUUCGGAGCGUGAUGGUUGGACUUGUUUUUGGGGUGGACGGUUUCCAUCUGUUCGCUUGUGGAACAAUACAGACCGUGCCAGCGAAAGAAGCUUUGAGUCGUCUGUGAUGUGCUAGAUACAUGUUGUUAUUGA